AUGAAAACCCAAGAGUCAAUACCUCGGCGCAGCCCCAGUCUCCCAUCUAUCCCAGUCAGUCCCUCCGGACCGGCACCGCCAACGGAGAUCUCCAAGGCUAAACGCAACACGAUUAACCAAAGGCGCUGCCGCGCCCGACGGCAGGUGUACGUUCAAGACCUCGAGCGCCGGAUACGGGUGUAUGAAGCCCAAGGCGUGCAAGCCACGACAGAAGUGCAGGCAGCAGCACGGAAGGUGGCGGAGGAGAACCGCGCCUUGAGAGAGGAAGUUAAGGCUUUGCGGGAGCAGAAUGAGGCGCUGCAGAGGUCCUUGGCCGCGCGUCCGGGCGGUGUCCCACCAAAGGAAGACAAGGGGGAAAACCGUUCUCCCACUGACGAACGACGGAAGAUUAGGCGGACCGACCCAACGAGGAAGAGCCGCGUCUUUGACGGUAAGAAAUAUUCGGAUGGCGCUCCUGUUGUUGGCUAUCCAGCACCACCUCGUCAGGACCACGAAACACACGCGAAGCCGACCAAUACUAAAACGACUGAUUCGACGACAACCACAUUUCCUACUCAACUUCCCCGACUUGCCGCCUUAGGACUGCCUCUUGACACACUCAAGGUGCAUGAUAUCGCAGCAGCCGACGUCCGAGCUCAAGGAGAACGUAGUUGGGCUCCACUUGUCGAAGAGGAAGACGAUACUUCAGCCUUUAUUCCUUCGCCUCUUCCUUCGCCUCCACAUUCGAACUUUACGACUUCGGAUCCCGAUGACCUAUCGUCUACAGCACACAAUCCAUAUUCACCUCCAUUCCACGGUGGCCCUCCCCUCCAACCCAAGCCAAGACUCUGCCAGUCUGCCAACACGGCCAACAGCACACCCUGCGUUGAAGCGGCCUUCAUAAUCGCCGGCAUGCGCGGGCUCCCGUCCAACGACAUCACAGUGGAGACGGAAAUUCUCCCCGAACUCGUGCGCACCGGCAGGGAUACAGCCAGCGGGGAUCGAGGAAUACUGGUGCCAUCAGCGCGGGUGCCGAAAACAUACCAGCUCUCGACAUUUCUACGUGCACAGUCGACAAUGGGAGAUUAUUCGGCAUUCUAG